UUGCUUUCCUCUCUGCGGUUGGAAGUGGACAAUAUUUUUGAUUGAACCUCAGGGCUUGCAAUUUCAGUAUAAAAGCCUGUCCGAGUUGGUUUUCAUUCAUCAGUUCUUUUCCGGAACAAUCCAGUACACUCCUACAACUUCCAAACAUGAACAAGUUCGUUGUUUUGGCCACAUUGUUUGCUGCGACUAUCGCUGCCGAGUUGCCAGCCUACUCGAAGCCGUCAUACCCUGCACCAGCUUAUCCAGCUGCAGCUGCAGCUUAUCCAACUCCGGCUCCAGCUGCUUACACAACCAAAGCUGCUUACACAACCAAAGCUGCUUACCCGACACCGGCUCCUGCUUACUCGAAGGCAAGCAACGAACAACCAGCCUAUAGUAAACCUGCCGAAGAAGAUCAUCCACCGAUGCCAUUCAGCUUCGCUUACGAAGUUAAGGACGAUCCCACUUACCAGGACUUUUCGCACAAUGAGAACAGUGACGGCAAAGUUAUCUCUGGAUCUUACCGUGUAUCUCUCCCUGAUGGCCGCAUUCAAAUUGUCAGCUACAAAGCUGACGAAAAAGGAUAUGUCGCCGACGUGAAAUAUGAAGGAGAGGCCAAAUACGACGAAUACAAACCAGCCGCUGCCCCGGCUUACCCCAAAUCAGCUUCUCCAGUGGAAUCGCGCUACCCUAAGCCAGCGUAUCAAACUGAGGAUUCUUAUUCUAAGCCCAUCUACACAACUGAAAAAGCUUACCCCAAGCCAACCACCACUGAAAAGCCUGCCUACCCCAAGCCAGCCUACCCAGCUGAACCAGCCUACCCUAAGCCUUCUUACCCAGUCGAACCUGCCUACCCCAAGCCGGCCUACCCAGCUGAACUAGCUUCCCCUAAACCCGCAUACCCAACGGAGCCAGCUUACCCCAAGGUUUCCAACUCUAAGCCAGCUUACUCGGAGGCUGUUUACCCCAAGCCGUCCUACCCAUCGGAAUCCGCGUAUCCUAAGCCCGCCUACCCUAAGCCAGCCUAUCCAUCUGAGCCAGCUUACCCGAAGCCUACCUAUUAAACCUGAAUAUUGCUGUGUUACAUGAUUACGUAGAAUAGGAAAUUCGCCAGCCUCUAUUUCCCCGUACGCGUUUUAUAAUUUAAAGAAAUGAUUUGAAAUGACAAUAAACAUAGGUCUUUCGUA